AUGCAAGAACAACAUGGACAAUUCCAAGCAAAUCCGAUGCAAGGCCACUACCGCGGCAUCGCUAGUCAGAACGAACAGACUCCAGCGGAAAGGAUCUCGGACCUCGAAAAACAACUCAACGAGUUGAGGACGCAAACCGAAUUGCAAGGCAAACGAUAUUCGUGGCUCACGCAGGAGCAAGGUGCACAGAUCGAGAACCUCGAGCAGGUCAAACAAAGCUUGCAGAUCAAGUGCGCCGGGCUCGAGCAAAGAGCUAUCGGCGUUUCUAUACAGCUCUUUGAGCAGCUGGUCAAUCAGAACAACAUAAUCCUACAGGCGGUUCAACGGUCCAACAAUGCAGCGCCUGGGCUCGAGCAUCGCCUUCAGGAAAGUGAGAAGAACAACGCAAACCUGACGCAACAACUCGAUAAUUGGGCGGCAAUUUUCCAGCAAAACAACACAAGUCUUCUCACACUUUGCGGAGAACAUGCCCGGGCCAUGGAAAAGUGUCGGAGCGAGAAGUUGGACGACGACGUCAGCCCCGAGUUUCGCAUGGACCCCGUGUUACAAGUAGCAGACCACUGGGACCCACUAUUCAAGUUGAAAAAUGCUUAG